CACGCGGAAAGGCAUCUUCCUUCUUCUGCGAUGGUUGCGUUGGGUCGAUUCGUCUUCUUCAUUCCCUCAUUUUGUCGUCUCCAUCUACUGGCUCUGCGAACUCCGGCGCCGUCUUUCCAAUAUUGCCCUUGUAAAUCGGGCAAAUUAACCGACCUGCACCGCCCUAAGCACUUGUAGCUUCUCUUCUCAUCUUCUUCCUUCUCGUCGUUACUGUCACCAUCACCGUCCACCAUGGAAGCUCCUCCGGAAGGUUACAGGCGAAAUGUGGGCAUCUGUCUCAUCAAUUCUUCUAACAAGAUCUUUGCUGCUUCAAGGAUUGAUGUUCCGGAUUCCUGGCAAAUGCCGCAGGGUGGUGUUGACGAUGGUGAAGAACCAAGAAAUGCAGCUAUCAGAGAAUUGAGAGAGGAAACAGGAGUUACUUCUGCUGAAGUUCUUGCAGAGGUUCCUUAUUGGUUGGCAUAUGAUUUUCCACCGGAGGUUAGAGAAAAGCUUAAUCGUCAAUGGGGAUCAGACUGGAAAGGUCAAGCACAGAAGUGGUUUCUUCUUAGAUUCACUGGAAACGAGGAAGAGAUAAACCUUUUGGGUGAUGGAACCGAGAAGGCUGAGUUUGGGCAGUGGUCAUGGAUGACUCCACAACAAGUAGUUGAACUUCAGGUAGUCAAUUUCAAGAAGCCUAUAUAUGAGGAAGUUCUGAAAGUCUUCACUCCCCAUCUUCGGUCAGAUUCUGCUGGACAGGUGGUAUAGGACUGGAAUAUGGACUGGAAUGGCAGGUUCCCAUGAGACAUGAGUUAUAUGUUAGCUAUCUACUUGUAUUUAUAUUCUUUUCCUUUGUACCCAAACUUCUUGGUGUAAAUUGGGCCAUAAUCCCAGAUUAUGAAUUUAUUCUUUUUUGAAUAAGUUAGUUGAUCAAGUUUUGCUCAGCCGAUAGUACUUAAACGUCGUUGUAAUGGGAGCUUCCUUCUGUUGUUCAAGGGAAAGAUUACACUAUUGCAAGA